CACAGAUGGCCGCUAGAGCUAUUCAACGCGUCCUGAAUUCGCCGCUGCUUCGUCGUGAGGCUUAUGUCGGUGGAUUAUGGACAACGUCGAAAGACCGACAAACGUUCGACGUUCGCAACCCGUCAAACCGAGAGACGAUCUGCUCUGUUCCGGAUAUGACGUCAGAAGAUGUUGCCAUGGCGAUUGAAAAAGCGUAUGACGUCAGAAAGGAUUGGGGUGGACUUCUUGCAAAGGAAAGAUGUGGGAUUGUGAGACGUUGGUAUGAGAAGGUGGUUGAGAAGCAUGAAGAAUUGGCUUACAUACUAACAGCUGAACAAGGAAAACCCUUGAACGAGGCUCGAGUAGAAGUCUCAUAUGCUGCAUCAUUCAUCGAAUGGUUUUCUGAAGAAGGCAAGAGGACAUUCGGGGACACAAUCCCAACUCAUGCACACAACAAACGACUGAUGACAAUCAAACAGCCAGUCGGUGUCACAGCUCUAAUCACACCGUGGAAUUUUCCAUUAGCCAUGAUCACUCGAAAAGCUGCUGCAGCACUAGCAGCAGGCUGUCCUGUAGUAGUAAAGCCAGCAGAAGACACUCCGCUAUCUGCUUUAGCACUAGCAAACUUAGCUGAAGAGGCUGGGUUUCCAUCUGGUGUCUAUAACACCGUCACUUGUUCUAAAGAUCGAGUAGACUCAGUCGGUCGUGAACUGGCGCUUAGUGAUAAAGUAGCUGCUCUCUCGUUUACAGGAUCAACUGUUGUCGGGAAGUUGUUAAUGAAUUUGUGUUCGGGGUCUGUCAAGAGGAUAUCGUUAGAGUUGGGAGGCAAUGCCCCGUUUAUUGUGUUUGACAAUGCUGACGUUGAGAUGGCUGUGUCAGGUGCAGUGGCAGCAAAGUUUCGAAAUACAGGACAGACGUGUGUGUCUCCGAAUCGCUUCUAUGUGCAAGAAGGUAUACAUGAUGAGUUUUGUCGCAGACUGAAGGAGUCAAUUGAAUGCUUGAUCGUCAAUGAUGGUUUUGCUGAUGGAGCUCAGCAGGGUCCUUUGAUCAAUGAAAGUGCAAUAGAAAAAGUAAGGAGGCAUGUGGAUGAUGCUGUACAGAAGGGAGCUCAUGUUCUAUGUGGUGCAGUACCUGGACCUCUUGGUGGGUCUUUCUACCUGCCAACUUUGCUUACCAAUGUUAACUCAACAAUGGUGAUGACAAGUGAAGAGACAUUCGGCCCAAUCGUUGGUGUAGCAAAAUUCAAAACAGAAGAGGAAGCAGUUGCUGCGGCUAAUCAAACACGCUACGGCCUCUCUGGUUACAUCUAUUCUCAGUCUCCAAGUCAAAUAUGGCGUAUAGCCGAGGCACUUGAAUGUGGAAUUGUUGGCGUCAACGAAGGUCUAUUAUCCACCGAGUUUGCACCAUUUGGCGGCUACAAAGAAUCAGGACUCGGACGAGAAGGUUCCAAGUAUGGCAUUGAAGAAUACUUGGAAAUCAAAUACAUUUGCAUGGGAAACGUGUGACAAGUGGCAUGUUUAUUCGAUAUGAACUACAAAUUUCGAUUAUAUCUCGUUUACACAUGCGGAUAGACAUGCCACACUCAAGCUUGUUGAUGUGGCAUGUAGGACAGAUCGUAUGAUAUUGGGUCUUUGAUCUAAUACGUUUAAAUUAUUGAAAAUGAUUAGUGAGCAUG